ACAAAGAACACAAAAAUCCCGUAACGGGGGCGGCAAACCCCCCGGUGCCGCCAGCCCUCGUGGGGCUGCGCCUUGCAGCGGCAAAGCUGCCAAGAGCAGGAGUAAGAGCGGCUUUUCCCCAUUCCUGCCCCUCCGGGAGGGCUGGGACUGAGCGAGCUGCACGCCCCCCGGCCAAGCCCCCUCUUAUUGCGGCGCUGGCUCCAGCCUCCCUCAUUCAUCCCAGCCCCGGCGCUCGCAGCGUUCAUCAGGGCUUGGCUGUGGAUCCCGGUGUUCAUCAGGGCUUGGCUGUGGAUCCCAGCGUUCAUUAGGGGCUGGCUGUGGAUCCCGGUGUUCAUCAGGGCUUGGCUGCAGAUCCCCCACAGUCUCAUCUCCGCUCAAGCCUGGGGCUGGAGCUCAGCCUGCCCGGAGGAUGCUGCCCCGAGAAAUCCUGUGUCUGCUGACACUCUGCUGUGUUUUCAGGGCUUCUGUCUCCGUUCUGGAUGAAGACAAUGACUACGACCUCAUGUAUGUGAACCUAGAUAACGAAAUCGAAGGGCCGGUUCUUGGUACUGAGGAAGCUGCUUCGUGCGACUGCCAGCGAGAGCACACGGAGUGGGACAAGCUCUUCAUCAUGCUGGAGAACUCGCAGAUGAAAGAGAACAUGAUGCUGCAGGCGAUGGACGAUCUGCUGAAGGUGGAUGUGCAGAGCCUGAGAGCAGAGCUGAGCCAGCUCACCGCCACCUUCGCCGCUGCCGUCGAGAAAGUUGCCUCCCAAAUCGUGUCCCAGGUAGAGCAGGUGCUUGCGAAGGACGGUGACCAAGCUGAAGAAGCCAAGAGGCUCCGUGAGUCCGAGCAAGGGAAGGUUCUCGAGCACGUUCUGCUGCUGAGCCACAACGUGUCCAGCAGGCUGGGGCGGCUGGAGAGCGCGUGGCCGCGCGGCUCCGAGGCUCAGGACACGGCUCCGCAGCAGGAGAAACGCGGUCCCACAGGAGACCAGCUCGUCUUGAACGCCCUGUGGAAAGAGCUACAGCAAACCAGAGCCGAACUGAAGGCGUCGCAGAAAUGGGCAGCACAGCGCUUACUGCCGGCAGGGUGUGAAACAGCAAUUCUGUUCCCCAUGCGUUCGAAAAAGAUAUUUGGAAGCGUUCACCCAACUGCUGGAAUGACCCUUCGCUCCUUCACUGCGUGUAUCUGGAUCAAAGCGACCGAGGCUUUGGACAAAACUAUUGUCUUCUCCUAUGGAACCAAGUUCAAUCCAUACGAAAUCCAGCUUUACCUCAGCCGGGACUCCGCAGUGCUUGUUGUUGGUGGCGACCAGCACAGGUUAGUUGUCAAGAACGUUGUUGUCCCUGGGAAGUGGCUCCAUCUCUGCGGCGCCUGGAGCUCACAGAACGGAUCCGCGUCCCUGUGGGCGAAGGGCGAGCUGGCGGGCGCCGCUUCGGGCAUUGCUGACGCUCACGUCGUUCCGGAUGGAGGGAUUUUGCAGAUCGGUCAAGAAAAGAACGGCUGCUGCGUGGGAGGUGGGUUUGACGAAGCUUUAGCCUUCUCUGGGAAAUUAACUGGCUUUAACAUAUGGGACAGAGUGCUCAGCGGCACAGAGAUAGCGGCGCAGGGUGGAGAAGACGCGUGCGGCAUCAGGGGCAACGUGGUGGGGUGGGGAGUCACGGAAGUUUUGACGUAUGGAGGAGCUCAGUACAUUUCCUAAAAUCUGGCAAGGCAGUUUCUGAAGCAGAGAACAUAUUUGAUGAAGAGCUGGAUGCCAAUACGUACGAGUGAACAGAGCCGCACAACCCCGUCCCUCUCACAUUCCCAAGGAAGGUCGGCGGUGCGAGUUUACAGACCGAGGUGCUGUGGAGAUGGGAUUUGAUCUCUGCCUGCUGCUUUGGCAAAACACUGAAAAAAAUACAAAACAACCCACACGGUGGCAUCAGAAAAGCUGUUCCUGAGGCCAGGCGACCGUUUUCUGAUGUAUAAAGUGCCACCGUGGACAUUUCGCAGCCGAGUGGUGCCCCUGGCAUCCCUGCAGCACAGACGUGAGGGCUGCGCAUCUUCCGGCUCCUCCAGCCGUUGGCUUUUAUAGCGCUAAUGUGAAUUGUACAGAGGAACCACAUAAGCCAAGAAGUGUGUUGUUUAUUAAUCGUUAGUAAUUUGUAGACUAUAACAAAACUAGCUCCUUGUUUAAAGCAUUAUUUAUGCCACAGAUUGACCUAACAUAUAGAAGUAAUAUUCCCCAUCAUAAUCUGAUGUUAGAUGUGGAGAAAACGCAGCUGUAUUAUAUUGUAAAUUGACUUUGUAAUAAUUUUAUUGAAAUUAUUUUUGUAAAGUUGUUCUGUAAAUAAAGACACUAUACUAAACUAAAA